CACUGACCUUGUUAACUUGAGCAACUGGGGUCGGUUUGUUCAGAGAACUAUACUGGCAACAUGAAGAAGAAGAAGAAGAAGAAGAUGAAGAUGUCCGAAGGCAAAAAGCUCAAGACUUUAAGCGGCAAUGCGGCCCCUCGUCUAAAUACAGAGAGGAUGGAAACACGUGGACGUGGAGGCAUCUUUCCUCUUUUAAGAAUCGACCCUUUAAUGCCUCAUUUCAUAGGAAGUUUAGGGUUAAAAAUCAAUCGCAGAGGAAGUAGAAGGGAGAGAUUUCUAAGAGCGCAGUCAAAGACAAGAAUCAUUCUCGAAUAUGGAGGAUAAGAACUCGUCAGGCCCAAUUCCUGAUGGCUGGGACGUUAAGACUGAACGCCAGAAGGACGGAUCUGAAAUCCCGUGCUACUGGUGUCCCAGAAGUGGUCAGCAUUUCUACACAUAUAAAGAUAUGAUGCGAUAUGUAGAAUACGCUCAGAAAAACCAGCUUUCGAUCUACUCACCGGAUUUUCAGACCAUGAAAAUUAGAAAGAAAGCUAAUUGGUCCCACAAGGGGAACAGAACUAUAAUUGCUCCUCGGAGAAGUCACUUUCUGGGGGAGAGUUCAAAGACACUGCCUUCUUAUCGGGUAACUUUUCCCGAGGAAAGCUCCGACUUAGAGGAAAGGACUACCCUGUCUAACCCUGAGGACAGUACUGAAUCUACUAAUACAGGGAAGGAUAUGGAAGCUAGUCAGGCUGGGAUUGACAAAGAACCAGAAAUUUUGAGCAGUGAUCUUGAAGCAUUGGUAAUUGGGAUUGAGAAAUUAAGCCUUUGCUAAUUGAAAUUUAGAUGAGUUUAACAUUUUCUCCAAUAAUGAUUAAACAAUCCAUUUGCUAUGGUUCCUUUCACUUUUUCAGAUAUAUGCUUUUUUCCACUAUUUCUUAAAUCCGGAGGUUUAUUUGAAUGUGUUUCUUAUGCCUGAAUGGGACAAUGGAGGUGUGAUAGAAACUUGGAAGAAAACUGAUAUUUCAUUUUCAAUAUUUGAUAUUUGGAUGUACUUGGAUGCAAAUUUAAUAAAAUGAAUUAGAUUUACAACAUGCAUAACUGGUUCGACUGAAUAUUCACCAUGACAUAAACGAUAAAAGCAUAUGACUAUCGUAUUAUGGAUGAUAUAUAUUGCGCAGUAGACAUGGAAGAUCUGUAAGUAAAUUAAGCAAACCAACAUGUAUAUAGUCAUAAUAGUACAUUGGAUACAACAAGGUGGUAGAGCAAAUACAACACAAAAUACAUCAGUACAAUAGACUCAUUAUUUCAGUCCAUCAAACAAGUUGAGGAGCACAUAUAUAGGAUUGAACACAACACACACCAAAAGGAACCUCCAAUCCAACAUUACUGUAUUCUCAAACAUUGCAUGAUUACAAGUUUAUACCUGGGUAGAAUCCAUCCAUCCUAUCUCUCCUCGUCGAAAGAGGAGUGUUUCCAUCCACCCGGUCUCUCCUCCCCAUAAGGUGGUUCAUUCCUUCCACCAUGUCUCUCCUCCCUGAAAGGUGGUUCAUUCCUUCCACCAUGUCUCUCCUCCCCGAAAGGUGGCCUCUCCUCCCCGUAAGGUGGUCUCUCUUCCCCAUAAGGUGGCCUCUCCUCCCCAUAAGGUGGCCUCUC